GCUACUGGCUUUGCUUUGUAGCAAGUGUUCAAGUUCAGCUGUUGGUUUUCACUUUGUGUUCCACUACUGCUUUGGGUGGAAAUGGCUCGGCUUUAUUGUGGAGCCUCCUCAUCUUCUCUUCUACUUAUCCAAGAGCUAGCUAGCUAUCUAGCUGUCUCAGAGGCGUGCGGGGCGGGGCGGGGAAAUUAUAUUCCGCAUCCAGAUCUCUCGAAGAUGGGUCGUUCAAGGUGGAGAAGCAGGGUACGUGCAUUCCAGCUGAUCGAUCGGAAAAAUUGACCAGUAGAGGAAGGAAGUAGUCGGUUGGUCUUUCGCGUGCCCAGCUUCUCCACCGUGCACGGCCAAUCUCUUCUUCCACAUUGAUCGAGCCGCGAGAUCGAUUUCCAUGGCUUGAAGUUGCAUGCCUACGCUACUACUCAUGAGCCUCCAUUUGCAAGGUUUGUCGUUGUUCGGAUUCUUAAUCGAGCCGUGGGGGGUUGAGGAGGCGGCGAAGAGAUGUCGUUGUCCUUAUCACUGUCGUCGUCGUCGGCGGCGGCGGUGGCGACCGUCGGGGUGGAUAAGGCGACGAGCGACCUCUUGAUGGGCCCGGACUGGACGUUGAACAUUGAAAUCUGCGACUCCAUCAAUUGCAAUCGCUGGCCAGCGAAAGAUGUGGUGAAAGCUGUGAAGAAACGUCUACAGCAUAAGAAUCCGAAAGUUCAGUUUUUGGCUUUAACGCUUUUGGAGAUGAUGAUUAAGAACUGCGGUGACUAUCUACAUUUUCAAGUGGUUGAACGUGAAAUUCUACAGGAAAUGCUCAAAAUUGUGAGGAAGAAGGCUGACUUGCAAGUGAGAGACAAAAUUUUGGAAUUGAUUGAUUCUUGGCAAGAAGCAUUCGGCGGUUCUGGAGGAAAGUAUCCUCAAUUUUACUGGGCAUAUACGGACUUAAGAAGAUCUGGUGUCAUAUUCCCAAAACGAUCACCGGAUGCUACUCUUACAUUGACCCCUCCUGAAAAUGCAACACCUUCAGUCAGGUAUCCUCAGAUAGCAUAUGGGACGUCAAAUGGUUCUGGAUCAAGACUAGACGAAGCAAUGAUGUCUGAAAUGGCAACCCUAAGUUUAGCAGACCUUUCUGGCAUGAAGACUGUGACAGAUCUGUUCAGCGAGAUGCUGAAAGCUGUGGAUCUAAAUGAUCGCAAUGCUGUAGAAGAUGAAGUAAUCAAAGACCUUGUGCACCAGUGCCAUGCCAACCAAAAAAAGCUAGUUGAAUCUAUCAAUUCAAUCAGUGACGCUGAUGAUGUGCUUCUAGCUCAAGCCCUUGAAUUGAAUGAUAACCUGCAGAGCUUAUUUGUAAAGUAUGAUGCAUUAGCUUCUGGCUUGCCGGUUCCAGCCCAAGUAUCUGAAUCGACACCAAGUUCAUUGCCCGUGGUUGCACCUCAACAUUCCACAACAAGGCAAUACAACAAUGACGACAAUGAAGAAGAUGAUGAUGAUUUUGCUCAGUUAGCUCGCAGGACAUUAAAAAUGAAACCAGAUGUCGCUCAUGGCAAAUCUACUGCACCCAGUGGCCAGUCGACUUUGUUUAACCAAAGCAAUAAUAUGCUUUCGACUGGUGCAUCAAGUGUAGAGGGAGGAGCAUCAUACAUGUUGGGAAGUAAUUCCUUGGCAUUGCCUGAUCCUCCGGCCCCGAUCAAAAUUUCCAGUAAAGACCAAGACAUGGUUGACCUUUUCAGUCUCACCUUAUUAUCAAACCCAUUGCCCUCUCAUACUUCACUGCCGUCUAUUCAAUAUGAUGAAAUCAAACCUCCAACAUCUGUUCAGCCAACUGAUUCUGAGCCAUUUUAUGCUCCUGAAAAUAGUUAUGUCGCCUCGUGGGCUAGAAAACAAGCCCCUACAUGUCCACCACAAUCGCACCUUCAACCAGAGCUGUUCGAUAAUUCAUCUGCCUAUCCUCCUCCACCAUGGGCUACCUCUCCCGACAAUGUCAAUGCUAACAAUCCCUUCGCUUAUAAUCCCUUCCUGUCAACUACUUAUCAAAGCCAUCCAUUAGGAGUUGGUGCUGCUGCCGGUUACACUUCUCUCCAUGAUUCCCGACUCGUGCAACACUUCAAUGGAGAUGGCUCGAGGGUACAUAAUGCACCAGCAACAGGACAACCAAUGGAUCAUCGACCUUAUGUUUAUACAAGCAGGUUAUUUAGUGAAUUGCUAAGCAAGAGAAAUUCCAGUCCAGGUCUCGGCGACACGGGUAGCUCCGCUUCUGAAACGCCUCGCGGAGGCACUCACAAUGAAAGAAAAUAAGUUUCCCAUGCCAAGAGUUCAUUAUCAUAUGGAAAAUUCAUUCUACUAUUUCUUUGAUUUACUUUAUAAAAAAAAUUUUAUGCUUGUAAAUUUUCAAACUGUGUUUUUAUUUGUUGAUUUGUUGCAGCAGUAAUGCUGUUGAGCGCAAAUAAAGGACUGAAAUUGAUACAAUAAA